GCUAUAUUAAGGUGUCACAAUAAUGAUGAAGAUAUGAUGACGUUGAAGAGAAGUGGUGAUGGGGGUGGAAAGACUGUGGUGACAAGGACAAGAACAGUAGUGAUGGUGGUGUUGGCGGUGUUGCAGGUGCUGCGGCCAGAGUGCGGCUCCCUCAAGUACUCGUUAGCCGCUCAGGGAUGCGUAGCCGAGGUCCCCGACGAGGAGCUGGGCAUCCUCAUUACGUGCCCGCCGCCUCAGGUCUUCUGCUCCAGCCUCUUCACCUGUGCCGAGGCCUCCGUCUGCCUCUCAGCCAUCGAUGCAACCGCCUACGUGGUCGAGAACUACGUCACGGGGACAUCGCGAUGGAAGAUUCCCUCGAAGGUGGGCUACCAGCAGUCAGUGUUGUCGACGCCCAGAACUCUGCAGCGCGGCGACGUGAUGAUGCUGACGGGGUCAUUGGGGAGGAGCCCCGAGGAGUACCCGGACGGGGACACCGUGGACGACAUCCCCACGCUCACGCAUCACUACGCGUCGGCGGUGGUGAAGGAGCUGGUGCCCGUGCAGGUCCCCCACACCUGCACGACGGUCAACCUCAACGUCAGCCUUGUGGUGGUGGACGACGACGUGCCCGCCAACACCCUCGCCAACACCACGUCCUGCGAGCGCAACAUCACGGACAUCCAGCUGGCGGUGACGCAGACGGUGACGGACGACUUCGACCCUUCCGUCAAUGUCGCCGACCCCUACUACGUCAGGUCCCUCCAGCCAGCCAACCUCACCGUCAUCUUCAGCGUGGCCGGGCCCAUCAACCUGUACAUCUUCUAUCAGCCUGACGUUGGGGAAAAUCACACGUUCUCAGACACAGGAGACUUCCCGCUGGCAUCUGGCCCCCAUCAGCUGGUGUACUCGAUGCAGCGCGACGACCCUGAGUGCUAUGUGGUCUCCGUGUCAGCUUGGAACCAGCACAACAGGGACUCGGGGCCCAUCUCCAACCUCACCAACCUGUGUGUGCAGCAUGAGGUACUCACCACCUGGACCAUGGCAGCCACCCCAGCUGCUUUUCUUGUCCCAUCACAGGUUUCCACCUUCAUGUUCGAGAUGACAGCGGCCGGGAACUUCCCCACCAACGCAUCUGUGGACGUACUUUGGGGGGAUGGAAGCACCCUCGAGACCCUGCCGUUCGGGGACACCAACGGAGGCAAGCCCAUCGUCACCCACACCUAUACAAGUGGCGGCAUAUUCAACGUGUCCGCCCGCAUCUAUAAUAUCGUCUCGAGCUUCUCUGUGUCAUGUCAGGUCAAGAUUGUGGAGGAGAUCGUCGGAUUUAAAGUGGCCACCAAGUACUUCCCUUCCAUGGACUCCCCCAUAAGUGACGUCCGUGAUGGGUACGGAUUACUGCUGAACCAGUACCCCAUCAACAAGAACCUCUCCUUCUUUCCGACCAUGGAUCACGGCACCGUCUCCCACUACACCGUCUCCUACACCUACAACGGUACGGAGGUGAUGGUUUACUACACCAUGGAUGAGUACAACCCCACGGCCUUCCCCUUCCACCACCACUUCAAUUUUGAGAGCAUCCUCAACCUGACUGUGACGGCCUCCAAUGAGUUUCAGGACGUCUCCAUCGACUUGUUUGUGGAAAUCGUGGGGAAAGUCCGCUCGUGUGUCCUCAGUGAUUUCAAUAUGGUGACGGCGAAGGGGGAAAGCAAGACUAUACAGGUGUCGUUUGAGUCCAUUGGUGGUGGGACGUGUCUCCUCUUCGACUACGGUGACUCGCUGCCCCUCGUCCCCCACUCCUACGGGGAGAAAGACACCUGCGACACCGAGUUCCAGCACGCCAUUUACCAUGCAGACCCAGAGCUUGACAUGGCACUAAACUUCACCCAUGUCUAUAUGGAGGAAGGGAUCUACAACCUGACGAUCAUUGGCUGGAACGAACUCAGCAACUGCACCUCCACCAUCGCCACUUACGUCACCAACAUCCAUUGCACCCCGCCGGCCGUGAGCAUCAUGGGCAGCACCAUGGACGUUGAGGCGCCCCCGCAGUUCAUGCACAGCAAGGGAGGCAAGAUUCUCGGCGUCAUAUCCAUCGACUGUGAGGUGACCAGCAACACCAAGAAGCGCUGGCAAGUGUACGAAGCCGACCCCAUCACAGCCACCUACCUGGAGCCCGUCCUUAUCAUGUACACCUGGAAGUCUUGGGACGCACCCGAGCUGGUCAUCCCCAAACACACGCUGAAGUACGGCUUCUACCUGGCCACCUACACCGUCACCAUGUGGGAUCCGGACAACUUGCCAGUGGAUAUGCCGUUCCAGAGGCAGGCCAUCACACUCUUUGAGAUGAUCCCGACACCUAUCAUUGCCAUCAUCAUGGAUGGCGCCGUGUCCAAGACUUCUCGUGGCCCCUCCCAGGAGAUCCCCCUCAACCCCUGCCUGCUCUCAGUGGACCCCGACUUCCCUGAUGACAAGAACUUCAACAUCAGCUGGCGGUGCAGGAAGGUUGGGGAGGAGUGGCCCAACCCUGACCCUGGCCCCACGUCGAUAUGGGAGCAAGGGCCAGGGAACGGGUGCUUCGGCAAUGGUCCAGGCAAGCUGGACCACAACCUUUGCGAGCUCAUCCUCAUGGGCGACAGCUUCAAGGGCUUGGGCACCUUUGAGCUGGAGGUGACGGUGUCCAAGGAUGACCGCUCCACCAAGGGCUUCCUCCAGAUUGAGAAGCUGGACUAUGACCCGCCCAUCCUCAACAUGUCGUGCGCCAGCCCUGACCUGUGCGUCGUCAUGGAGGAAGGCCUCAUGGUGAACCCCUGCAAGCGCGUCGGCAUCGUGGCGGAGUGUAUCGGCUACUGCCUGGAGCCACACAUCUACCAGUGGGAGGCCAGCAUGGUGGACGGCAUGGUGUUCCCCUACAACUCCGCCCACUUCCCCAACGGCUUCAGUGAGAACGAGUUGAUGUUCAGUACACAGUUCUUUGAGGACAACCCUUCCAUCACCCACUUCCACCUCACCCUCAAGGCCACCACCUCUGACGACCGCCUGGGCGAGUCCAGUUACUUCUUCAUCGUGAACCAGCGGCCGGCGGGGGGCACGUGUACCUUCGUAGCGACGGGCCAGAGUCGUGCCCUCAUUGACUCCUUCUUCGUGAACUGCGAGGGCUGGACGGACCCCGACGACCACGGCAUCAAGAGCUACGUCAUCAUUUUGGUGGACUCUAACGGGGCGAAGCAGACGUUGAUCAACCAGCAGCACUCCGUCUCGCAGCACUCUAUGGAGAUGGUGCUGCAGCCCGGGAACUUCAGCAUUGUGGUCAAGAUCCUCGACACCUACGACGCGUGCACAGAGCUGGAGGUGGUCGCGGACUUGGAGGUGAGGAUGCCAACCACGGAAGAGCUCAAGGCCGUGGACAUUGACGCUAUCCUGGAGGAGCUGGCGGGGACGGGCAACACGCAGCUCCUCAACACCUACAUCCUGGCCGCCUCCUACGUCACGAAUCAGUUGUUUCCCUUGGACGACUCCAGCCUGGCAGGGUUGACCGAGGACGAGAUAAACGAAAGGAUUGUCGCCAGAACCAACGAGCUGAACAAGCACUUGGACUACCUCAUGAUGAACAGGAACUACGACACCGUGGACUCCGUGAAUGUGGUGAGCUCCGUCCUGGCGCAGAUCCUCACCAACUUGGACGGCGGCAAGAUGGCGCGCAAAGCUAUUGACACGGAAGCCCACAGCAAGAUCGUGAACAUAACAAAGGGAAUCAGGGAGUCGUACCCCAACCUGAGCGCCCCCGACCCCAGGGACUGGAUGCCCACCACCAAGAACCUGGGCGUCAUCAACACUGUCAUGGGCAAGUCCCAAGACGAGGGCAGCAGUAGGGAGGAGGACGGCACAUGCUCCCCAAACAUCCUGGAGGCCACGAAGAAUCACAAGUACCCGACUCACGUGACCAGCAUCGACCUUGUGCUGGAGGAGACCAUCGAGGCCGAGAGGGACUGCAACACUCUGGAUUUUGUCAAAAACAAAGCCAAGAAAUACGUUCCAAGCCUCUGGGACACCCUGCACGAUCUCUUCCUCAAGAUGUCCAAGACGAUGGUGCUCGGGGAGAUCAUUUCAGACGGGAAUGAAAGAAGCGCCGAGUACACCAUCCGAAAACAAAGACGCGUCAACUUCAACAGCACCUCCGUGGGAAACUUGGGCACAGAGCUCAACCUGCCGGAGGCUUUCUGUCCCUUUGAAAACUGCACAAUGGACUCCGUCAUGAGCAUGCUGCUGGUGGAGUGGCCCUGCGUCCUCUUUAGUUUCCCCGACACCUCCAAGAAGCUGGCCCCCGGCACAAGGGUGGUGGACAUAGAGUUGUUGGAUGCGAAGAGCAACGUAAUUGAGGUUAAAGAUCUGACUGAGGAGGAGGAGGUGGAGAUCACCAUCCCCAAGUCGCUGGGCAAGGACGGCAACAACACUUUGCCAGCCUUGGUGUCAGUGAAUGCCACGGAGGAGUGUGCCAAGCUGUCCGUCCCCAUCCUGUACAGCACCUUCAACGUCUCCGAGGACGACUCGGUAAUCAGGAUCCACAUGAAGGUGGACGCGCUGAACGCAGAAAUGUUCAUUGUGCUGCACAACACCGGCCUGGGCUACGGCACUGACUACCUGGUGAUGUCCUUCGUCGACACCUGGGAGGAGCAGGAAGGCCUGAGGAGUUUGUUUCUGCUGAGCCGCCUCCUGAAAGGCAGAGGUCGCUACUUCCUGGGGGUGGCUGAGCUGAGGGAUGCAUCAGAGAGAGCUAAAAUAACGGCGAAUGAAAAGUACAACAUUACCGCCAGUAGCCUGCGGAACAUCACCACCAACUACAGCCUGCGCUUGAUCACCGACACGGCCUUCUACCUCAACAUGGAGACUGGGCAGUGGCAGAGUGAUGGCCUGAGGGUCAUCGAGGCAAGCCUGAACCUGACCAAGAUCAAGUCCAGCCACCUGACCAGCUUUGGCACAGGCAUGUUCGUGGCGCCCAACACCAUCGACUUCAGCUACGUCUUCACCCACAUGGGCUUCACCGACAACCUCACCAUCUACCUCACCCUUAUCAUCUCCCUAACGCUGUUCAUUAUCCUGAUGGUCUGGGCAAGAAUACACGACAGGAAGGAUGUACAGAAGCUUGGGGCCACACCGCUGCCCGACAACAAGGGGGAGGACAAGUACCUAUACGAGGUUCUGGUCAUCACAGGCAACAUGAAGAGUGCACAGACAGACUCCAAGGUGCAGUUCAUCGUGUCGGGAGAGAAAGACGAGACAGACAUACGCACGCUCUCGGACGACAAGCGGAAGAUUCUACGCAAGGACUCUGUGGAUGUGUUUGUGAUGGCUGUACCAAGGCCGAUGGGAGACCUUCAGUUCCUGCGAAUCUGGCACGACAACAGCGGCCUUGGCCCCAAUGGCUCCUGGUACCUCAGCUUCAUUGUGUUCCGGGACGUGCAGACCGGCAAGAAGUACGAGUUCAUUGUCAACAACUGGCUGGCGGUGGAGUACGGGGAUGGCCAGAUUGAUCGUCUCGUCCCAGCGGCCGGACAGGAGGAGAAAAAGGCCUUCAAGCAUCUCUUCAGAAACACAUCGAACAAGAACUUGAGUGACGGACAUCUCUGGUUCUCUGUGUUCCUCCGACCACAUCGUUCUCGCUUCACCAGGUGUCAGCGUGUAGCCUCCUGCUUCUCGCUGCUUUUCCUCUUCAUGCUGGCCAACGCCAUGUGGUACGAACGUGCCAAGGAACAGCCGGGCAAAGGUGGCCUGAGUCUGGGGCCAUUCAGCCUCAGCAUGGAGCAGCUUGCGGUUGGGUUCAUGAGUAACAUCAUCGUCUUUGUGCCAUCACUGGUCAUCCUCUUCAUCUUCCGCAAGGCUCGGCCGCGGAAACUUAGAAAGAAUCGCAUUGAGGUGGCUGUCAAGAAGAUGCGCAAGUGCAAGGAGAAUGAGGGGAAAAAGAAGGAUGGGGAAGACAGCAGCAACUAUAGUGACAGCGAUGAGGAGAGUGAUGAGAAGCCCAGCACCCCGCCAAGGAGAGUCAUCGAGCAGACCGAGAAAAAGAAGAAGUUCACUCUGCCGUGGUGGACAGUAUUCAUUGGAUGGAUUCUGGUCAUCGGCUGCAUGGCUGUCUCCUGCUUCUUCCUGCUCAUGUACGGCAUCAUGUUUGGCGACUCUAAGGCCACCAAGUGGGUCACUUCCCUCGUCAUCUCCUUCUUCACGGACAUACUCUUUGUGGAGCCAAUCAAGAUCUUCCUGACGGCAUUGGUGCUCAGCGCCGUGUGCAAGACUGAAAACCUAGACGAGGACGACGCGGAGGAGGAUGAGGAGGAGCCAUACUUGGAGCAGGAUGAGGCUUGGCUGCACGAUGAGGGUCCUCGCCGCCGCACGCUGCAGCACCACAAGGUUGAUGAGGAGACACUGGCGGAGAUCAGGAGGGUGCGUAAGAAUGAGAUGGAAAUGUGGGAGAUCAUCAAGGAAAUCAUCUCCUACUCCAUGUUCCUGUGGGUGUUCCUUGCCCUCUCUUACAGCAACAGGGACCCCAAUGCUUACUACCUCCAGAAUCACCUCCAGAACGUCUUUAUUCGUGAGGGGAUGCUGGAUGACACGGACUUCACUCAGGCGACCAACUCAGACCGUGUUUGGUUCUACAUACUGAAAGGCUUCAUGAAAAUCCUGCGGGCGGACAAGCACUACAACGGCCAGGAACCUUACGGGCUGAAGGGCUACCUCAGGGACCAGGCCAACCGCAUCAUGGGCUACGCCACCAUCAGGCAGAUCAGGGUCAAGGAGAAUACUUGCAGUGUGCCAAGAGUGAUGCAGAAGGUGGGGCGGGAUUGCAGUGCCCAGUCCGGUUUACUCAAUGAGGAAAACUCAAACUUCUGUGCCGGCUGGAAGCGUCCCACUUCUCAGCUGGCCAAAACCUCGGCCUGUUCCAUCCCUGAGUUCAAGUACUCAACGGCCCUGGAGCUGAAGAGUCUUCCCAUCUGGGGAAGGCGUGACUGGUAUGGGGGCGGUGGCUACGUCAUCCACCUCCGGAAUGACACUGAGGACGUGCUGGCCAACCUCAAGUUCCUGCAAGAGAACCACUGGAUAGACACAUACACACGUGCUGUGCUCAUUGAGUUCUCAACCUACAACCCACAGAUCAACCUCUUUGGGCUUACUCUCAUCAUGGCUGAGAUUGCUCCUGGAGGUGGCAUCACACCUAUGUACAGGUUUGAGGGCAUACGGCUGCUGCAGUACCAGACGUCUGGCUUCUUCGUCAUCUUCUGUCAAGUUGUGUUUAUACUUUUUGUCAUCUACUUCACCGGCCACGAGUUGCUGCUCUUGUACCGCCAGCGCUGCAAGUACUUCCAGAACUACUGGUCCUACGCAGAGAUGGCCAUUAUUGUGGCCAGCUACCUGGGCAUCAUCAUCUAUGUGUUGAGGGACUUGGAGACUAACACGGUGCUCAAGGAGUUUGCACGUACCAGUGGCAAUGGAUACAUCAGGAUGCAGUAUGCAGCCACGCUCCACGAGAUAUACGGUUACAUCGUGGGCUUCAUUGUGUUCGUGGGCACCAUCAAGUUCAUCAAGCUGCUUCGCUUUAACAAGAGAAUUGGGCUGCUGUCUGCCACACUGAGCCAAUGCUGGGAUGACCUGAGUGGCUUCCUGGUCGCCUUCCUGCUCUGCUUCUUCACAUUCGUCACGAUGUUCUUCAUGCUGCUCAACAUGUACCUCUUCGACUUCCACAACUUCGUCGUCGCUGUGGAGACCUGCUUCAGCAUGAUGCUCGGCAAGUUCCAGUUCGAGGAGAUGCAGCAGGUGUCCCGUCUGGUGCCCAUCAUGUUCUUCGUGUUCGUCUUGUUCAACUCUUGGGUGCUGAUCAACCUGCUCCUCACACUCAUCAUCAAGACCUUCACUCAGGUGAAGUACGACAUUGCCAAUAAGCCUAACGAGUACGAGAUGGUGGACUUUGUUUGGAGGCAUUUCCGUGCCUUCCUCGGCGGUAACAGCCCACCUCCGAAAACGGCUGCAGCCAACCUCAACCCCACCCAGCCCACUGAUGACGCGGAGGUGCAGAGUCCAACUUCGGUCAACGAAUUCCCCGGCAAAGUCGACAAGUUCCUGGAGUACGUCAACAGCAUGUACUUUGAUGGCUCACUGAACCUCAGCACGAAGGACUCCCUCCUGUCAUCCAUGUACAGCAAGAGUCAAUUCAACGCCCCAAGGUAACAUGAUCACCCAGGGUCGGACGGACGGCUGUUCUUCUACAACUGGACGUCAAGAAAUAUGUUCAGGACAAAAGUACUGAAAAAAAAAAGUUUGAAUAUGUAAAUUUAUACCAAAUUAGGUCCACAAAAAGUAUGUCACACAAGUCAUCGUGGUGCAUUACUCUAAAAUAUGAACCAAAGCUGUGAUGUUAAAAAUUGCUUCAAAUUCUGUCAUCGCUUAGAAGUGUGUUGUGCACCUCUUCAAAUCUUGCUGGACUCCCCUUUCUCCUUUCCAUCCUCUUUAUACAAUAACGUUAGUGAAUUGAUCAUUACAGUGAUGGCGGGAGUGAAUCACUAAGUGCCUUUUUGUAACUAAGAGAUUACUAUGGGUAGUGCUAGCUAAACAUAUGAAAUUGGUACUGCGUAAUAAAAUACUUAAAAUAAAAUGCUCCAGUUUACUUGGUAUAGCUUUCUGACUGGUAAUUCAUAGAUUUUGUUUUUUUCAUAUUUUGUCCUUUACCUCAUAUAGUUUGUUAGUUUCUCUCUUGAUUUGUGUUAGAAAAGGUUCUAACCUGAAUGUACGGUCAAUGAUAAAACUAUCUAACACCUGUGGGUCGAAUGAAUAGAAUUUGCAGGAAAUCUAAACCUGAUGAGUUGGUUCAGUACCUCGUCUAGGGGCCACCUGUAGGCCCAAUGAGCUGCGCUGGGAGCACAAUAAACACAUUAACCUUG